GUGCGGCUUUACACCCGGCCGCUGUUUCUGAGAAGACGAAUCUGACUCUUCAGUUUUGCUGUCUUAUCUUGGCUCACAGCCAUGACCACACUGAGUGACACUGGCACUGAUGUUGCCGGGGCUAGAGGAAAGCUCACAGGCAGCCACCCGUGAGAACCCGUCCUUUGAGCUUGUGUUGCUUGAGAUCUCUGCCUGGCAGAUAACCAAAGGCAAGGAGGACCAAUCUCUCGUCUCUGUUCUCAGUGCUGCCGUUCACAAGACCUCAGUGACAGACUGUAGGCUCACACUCGUGGUGCUGUCCUGCUCGCCCCAGACAUCUUUCUGGGGUCAACUUGAGGUCAACAGUGUGAAGAUGAGCAGCAUCCUAUUAGCAUGACGACCUUGGACCAUGUCAUCGCUACCCACCAGUCAGAGUGGGUCUCCUUCAGUGAAGAGCCGCUGUUCCCCGCCCCUUCAGAGGGGGUCACUGAAGAACACUUCCCAGGAUCAUCAUCUUCCUCAGACCCGUCUGAGAGCUCCUCUGGGGAGAAUCCUGCCGCGGAUGGAGGCUGCCAGGACCUUUCCCACUCCGAGCAGGAUGACUCCUCUGAAAAGAUGGGCCUCAUCUCCGAAGCAACCACUCCUCCUGGGAGCCCAGUGCAGCCCACACCUGACUUGGCCUCGGCCAUCAGCAACUGGGUCCAGUUUGAAGAUGACUCGCCCUGGAGCAACAUCUCACCACCUCCCAAGGAAACCGCCCUCACAUUGACCAUGCCUUGCUGGACAUGCCCUUCCUUCGACUCUUUGAGAAGAUGCCCUUUGACCUCCGAGAGCAGUUGGACCACCCACUCUGAGGACACCAGCAGUCCUAGUGUUGCUCCUUCAUACACCGACCUGCAGCUCAUCAGUGCUGAGGAGCAGGCAAGCGGCAGAGCUUCACAGACUGAUUCCACUGACAAUUCCUCCUCCCUCCAGGAAGAUGAAGAAGUAGAGACGGAGGCUAUCAGUUGGCGGGCUGGCAGUCCAGCCAUGAAUGGGCACCCCGCUGCUCCACCAGUGACCACUGCUCGUUUCCCCAGCUGGGUCACUUUCGAUGACAAUGAAGUCAGCUGCUCUUUGCCACCACCAGUCACCUCUCCCUUGAAGCCUUCCAACAUGCCCCCUGUUACAACUGCCGUCCCAGACGUACCUUACAACUCGACUGGGUCAUUUAAGAGGGACCGUCCCAAGAGCACAUUGAUGAACUUCUCCAAAGUUCAGAAGCUGGACAUCUCCCCCUUGAACCGCCCACCUUCUGUAAUCGAGGCACCGCCCUGGAGGGCCACCAAUCCUUUCCUGAAUGAGACCCUCCAGGAUGUACAGCCCUCCCCUAUCAACCCGUUCAGUGCUUUCUUUGAAGAGCAGGAGCGGCGCUCCCAAAACAGUUCAGUUUCCAGCACCACAGGCAAAAGCCAAAGAGAUUCUCUCAUCGUCAUUUACCAGGACGCCAUCAGUUUUGAUGAUUCAGGCAAAAGCCAGCCCCACCCUGAUGCUAUUGAAAAGCUCAAACAACUCCAAAUUGACGAUCCUGAUCGUGUUGGCAGUACCACCCUGCCUGAUGAUGACCCCAUAGCCUGGGUUGAACUAGAUGCUCACUCUCCCGCCUCAGCUCUGUCUCAGCCCAGGGAUGGAUGGCCAAUGAUGCUGAGAAUCCCCGAGAAGAAAAACAUCAUGUCCUCUAGGCACUGGGGGCCAAUCUACGUCAAACUGACAGACAGCGGUUACCUUCAGCUGUAUUACGAGCAGGGCCUAGAAAAACCUUUCCGUGAGUUCAAGCUGGAGAUCUGCCACGAGGUUUCAGAACCCCGGCUCCAAAACUUUGAUGAGAAUGGGAGGAUCCACAGCCUAAGGAUAGACCGCGUGACUUACAAGGAGAAGAAGAAAUACCAGCCCAAACCGGCCGUGGCCCACACAGCAGAGAGGGAGCAGGUGAUUAAACUGGGCACCACCAACUACGAUGACUUCCUGAGUUUCAUCCGUGCGGUUCAGGACUGUCUCAUGGAUUUACCCGUGCUGUCCAUGGACUUGAGCACGGUUGGCUUAAACUACCUCGAAGAGGAGAUCACGGUGGAUGUGAGAGACGAAUUCUCUGGCACGGUAAGCAAAGGAGACAACCAGAUCCUGCAGCACCGCGUCUUGACGCGAAUCCACAUCCUGAGUUUCCUCUCUGGGCUCGCCGAGUGCCGCCUGGGCCUCAACGACAUCCUUAUCAAAGGCAACGAAAUCGUUUCUCGUCAGGACAUCAUGCCCACCACCACCACAAAAUGGGUCAAGCUCCACGAGUGCCGUUUCCACGGGUGCGUGGAUGAGGACGUGUUUAACAGUUCCCGGGUUAUUCUGUUCAACCCUUUGGACGCGUGCCGGUUUGAGCUAAUGAGGUUUAGGACAGUGUUUGCUGAGAAGACCUUGCCCUUCACACUCAGGACGGCGGCGAGCAUCAAUGGGGCAGAGGUAGAGGUACAGAGUUGGCUGAGGAUGUCUCCUGGCUUCUCUUCUAACCGGGACCCUCUCACUCAGGUUCCCUGUGAGAAUGUGAUGGUUCGCUACCCGGUGCCCAGUGAGUGGGUGAAAAAUUUCCGCAGGGAAAGUGUUCUUGGGGAGAAGUCUUUGAAAGCCAAAGUGAACCGGGGGGCAAGUUUUGGCUCGGCUGGUGUCUCUGGCUCUGAGCCUGUCAUGAGAGUAACUCUGGGAACUGCCAAGUAUGAGCAUGCCUUCAACGCCAUUGUGUGGAGGAUAAACCGGCUGCCUGACAAGAACUCAGCUUCCGGUCACCCACACUGUUUCUUUUGCCACCUCGAACUUGGCUCUGACCGGGAAGUGCCUUCCAGAUUUGCCAAUUACGUAAACGUCGAGUUCAGCAUGCCCACGACUUCUGCCUCCAAAGCAGCUGUGAGAUCCAUCUCUGUGGAAGACAAGCCUGGCGUCAGGAAGUGGGUCAAUUACUCCGCACACUACAGCUACAAGGUGGAAAUUGAACAAAAAAAGAGUUUGAAGCCAGACGUUGAGGGAGAGGAUUUGGACAACCCAAAGGAGUGUGGGGUACAGUGACAGUAGCUACUGCAUAAGGACCUGAGGAACGCUGAGUCACGAUCGGGUGUCUUCCUGAAUAACCCAAGCUUAAGUCAACACCUGCUGUGGGGCAGUCGACCACAGUUUCCUGUGUGCGGUUAGUUACCUGUGAGUGACAGGAAAUCCUGAGGGGCUGCUUUCAAUCGACUCCUUGAUGCUGAGCAUGCCUGAACACGUGGUGCACCCAGCUUUUGGAGUUUAUUGUAUAUUGAGCCUUCUUGUCCCUUUUCUGCUUCUAUCAUGGCACUGGUGUGUGGUUUGUGGUGACUGUUAGAGACCGGAAAAGAAUGGCCAACAUCAGCAUUGGCACAAUUUGCUCCCAGUAUCCAUCUGUUACUCGUCAGUUUCUGGAAACAGCAGCCUGGAAAGUUAUUCAAGAAUCCAUCACCAGUGGUCCCUCUGUGAAAGAGUCAGAGGAGUUUCAAAACCAUUUCCUCUUUGGGUCUACUAGGCCUUUUCUAGAAAUCACCAUUCUUUAAAUGCUGGUUUUACUCUACAGAGGUUUUCCAGAUGUUUCCCGUCUAGUUCUGGAUUGUUCAAAAUCAAAAUACUUUCUCAACCUCUACUUUUCCAUUUGCUAUCCUAAGUCAUGAUGCCCAGUGGCAGAAGCCAAUCAGAUUUUCUUUUCAAAUUCAGGGACUGGAGCUUAAUUCUACAAAUGGACUGGAUUGGAUUCACAAUCCAACCCAAGAGAAAGGAAAGCUGAACUUAUUUUUCUUCACUUGAAGGAAAAGGGACGUUAAGUGUAAGUUUAUAUUUAGUUCAGAGGGCAGCUUCAAUCAUAACGAGUUGCCAAAUUCUCACCGAUCACUUCUAAUUCCUGAAAUAUUGGCAUGGCUGUGAGGGGGAGAGAGAGAGAGAGAGAGAGAGAGAGAGAGAGAGAGAGAGAGAGAGAGAGAGAGAGAGAGAGAGAGAGAGAGAGAGAGAGAGACUGGCUGAGUUGGCAUUUCUUUUUAUACCUCAUAGGCAAUGACUGUUACAUGUCCCUUUAACUCGAAAUUUAAAGGAAACUGAGAUUGUUGUACAAGCUUAAUUGGAAUGAGCUUUGCCCCAAAUCCAGAGACUGGUAGUCUCAGUGUUGUGAAAGUUCAAAAAGGGUAGACCUGGGGAAAAGCCAGUUUACCAGUAUCAUGGACAUGAAAUCCUGAUUCCAAGAAUCAGAACGGCCGCCUUUUCCCUCAGGUAUUCCUAGCCCCCCCACUGUUUCCCCCACACUCCCUGUACAUUUGUAACUUGGUGUUUUCUCUCAUGAAGAAUAAAGCUAGGGGACAGAAUGCUUAUUUUAUCAUACUUGGGAAUAUAUGAAAAUAUAAAAUGCCUGCAGUUUGGGACUGACUGAUUCAAGAUUUAUAUAUUCAGCUCAUAUUUAGUGAGAUCGAGCUAUGUUCUGCCAUCAGGCAUUAGAAAUCAUUGCAGUGUUUUGAGCUACUUUUUUUUGUUGUUUGUUUUCAAGACAGUUUCUCUGUGUAGCAUUGGCUGUCCUGGAACUCUCUCUGUAGAUAAGACUGGCCUCGAACUCAGAGAUUUGCCUGCCUCUGCCUCAGGAGUGAGGGGAAUUAAAGGCGCGAAUCACCACUUUCCAGCUUGAACUAUGUUUGUAACUAAACAUUAGAUUAAAACAGAAAGGACAAGCUGUAUAGGCGUAGAGGAGAAAACCUGUAUUUUGAGUUUUUAAAAUGCAACCCUUAUAGUACAGAGCUUGUGUGUGUGUGUGUGUGUGUGUGUGUGUGUGUGUGUGUGUGUGUGUGUCUAGAAUUCAGGGGGACUGGUUUUAUAGCAGUGCAUAUAGAAAUGUUUUCUUGAGGAAAUGGGAGUUCAUUUUUGAAUCAGGAAUAUAUCAUGGUUAUUCACAAAGCUAAUGCAUUCCAUCUGUGGCGGUAGGUGUUUAAACAGCUCUGCAUGGUGCAUUGGCCAGCACACGCCUGAAUGGAGGGUUACAUUCAAUUAUAGCUACUAUAUUUUAAGGGAGACAUUAAUAUGGCGAAUGUGUCCACAGGCAGGUGACCAAGGUUGUGAAGCUCAAUCAUGAUUAUGUAAGGAAUGGGGUUGGAGUGGUAUAGCUGGGAAUGGAGUUCUGAGAAGCUGGGGAAUGAUGUAAAAUCUGUCCCAAAGUUUCUGCUAAGCUAUAAAAAGGAAGAGGAGUUAAACUUGUUUUGCAUAACUUCAAAGGCAAAAAAAAAUAGAAACAGAAGAGAACUUUACAGAUGACAGAUGUUUGCUCAAUGUAAGAAUCUUCUAGUAAGAUGUGUUCUGAAGAAGAAAAAGGUCGAAUAAAAUUUCCUGCUGUAGCAAACCCCAGAGGUUAACGAAGGCACCUAUCCCAGGUGCUAUGGAAGGGACGUCAUGUUGGAUUUGGGCAAGGUGGCAGGAAAGAUCUUUUCCAAAUAGACUCCGUAGGAAUGAUUCUCUCUAGUUCCAGAUAGUCUUCCCUCUGUGUUUCCAUGCUGUUGGAGGAGAGUGGGAUCCUUGAAAAGAACAUUGUCGAAGAAUUCCAUGUCAUUUCUGCUGCUAGGCUAAAGGCCUUGAGAGUUCCCAGAAAUCCAAGGGCUUGGAGAGUUGGCAAGAUGAAUAAAGGUCAUCCCUAGCUCAGAACUGGCAGGGGCCCUGCCUCACUGGUAGCAAAGUGUACACAGUGCCUGUCUUCUCUUCCACCCCCUUGGCUAAUUCUCCUCACCUUGGUGCUUCUUCUGGACUAUUUGGAGUUUUGUUGUUAUUUUGCCAUUAAUCAAAACUUGUGGAGAAAAAUCUCCCCUGUGCUAUUUAUUAUUUUUAGCAAACAAAUUAUCACUAAUUUUAAAAAAUCUACUACCUUGGUUCCAUCAAAUCUGUUUUGCCUCUACCGUGCUUAGGGUCAUUAUGGAUAACAUGUAAGGAGCUGAGACGUAUAAUGAAAUAUAUUUUAGGGCUUACUGAUAACCUACACAAAGGGGCUGGAGAGAUGGCUCAGAAUCAAAGAGCACUGACUGCUCUUCCAGAAGUCUUGAGUUCAAUUCCCAGCAACCACAUGGUGGCUCACAACCUUCUGUAAUGAGAUCUGGUGCCCUCUUCUGGCCUGCAGGCAAACGUGCAGACAGAACACCGUAUACAUAAUAAAUAAAUAAAUAAACUUUUUAAAAACCCACAUAAAAACUAUAGUUGAGCAAAUCACCCUUUUGAUAUGUAGAAUGUGUGUGCACUUGCCAUGUUGGACCUCAGUUUUUAUUUUUCCUGUGGUUAGCAAAAAGAAAAAAAUCCUAGUCUGUGUUAUCAAUAAUGUAAAACUAUAAAAAGGGGUUGGAUUUUACCAGUACAGUUAGAACAUGCUUGGUGUCACAUGGUAUCAAAAGCUAUUUAUUUUUGAGUUCAGGACCUGUUUUUUCAACUUCACAAUGAAACAGGAUUUAGGAAAAACUCGUUCUACUGUAUCAGACAAGAGGACUGGCAAUGACGCUCAGUGAUAGAGACCUUUCCCAGCAUGCACAAGGUCCCAGUACUGCAUAAAAAUCAAAGACAGAGAGCGGGAGGGAGUUUGAGGAGCGAUCACCGACACCCCUUCUAGACAGAGUGCUAGUUAGUUAUUCCGAAUCAAAAGCUAGUCCUUUGCUCUUGUUAGACUUUCCAGAUUGCUUUUGCUGUUGUUGUUGUUGUUGCUUUGUUUUGUUUUCUAUUGCUUCCUCAUCUGCUCACUACCUUCCUACAUUUAAUAUCUGGACUUAUCCUCAAGAAUAUUCCUUCAUUUAAGAGAGUUCUUAUAUGAAAUGAGACUAGUUUCUCUUUAGAAACAUGGGUGGGAUCAGGAAUGUGUGUCCCUAGAAACUCGAUUCCUGAGAAACGUGGCACACGAAGACAAAGAGCCUGUCCUUGUGUUUCAAAUGCCUGUCGCAAAGUGUGAGCUACAAUAGGGCCCAGCCACCUUAAUUCCUUACUUCUAAAUGGACUCACUAAGUGAAUGGAAAUCAUCAGCACUUUGACUCCGAGGCGACUUAGCCAGCAUUUAUUUUCCAGAGGACUUAAAUAAUUUUGCUUUGCUUUUGUUCCUGCUGCUUGUGUCAACGAAGUGUCAGGACAGAGGCACUUAACGUGUGGCCGAAUCUGAUCCCCAGUGUCCCCUAUUCAUGUUGAGGACCCUUUCUAUCCUCAGAGGUGGAGGGGCGCAGGUGCUAUCCACGGUUGGGCUAUUGAUCCGGUCUGAUUGCUGCCACUCAAACAGACCUGUGGGCUUCUGCCUUGCCCGUGAGAGUGGAAGACGCACGCGGCUGAUGGAGUGUCCUGCGGGGUCAGGUCUUUGUCCUCCCAACUGUCACCACUAACCAGUGCUGCUGUGCGCGUCAUGCCCCUGCAUGAGAUGGGGGUCUGAGACAGGAAGGCUGCGGCUCGCCAGAUGAAAUCAUGAUUUUUAUUUUAUCAUCAACUUAUUUUAUCAGUCAUUUCUAUUUUAUCAUCAAGAUGGAGCUUCCUUUUUUUUUUUUUUUUUUUUUUUGUCUUUUUCCUUAAAAGCCCUAGGAAUUAAUUGUUAUAAGCAGGGAGUGUGGCCGCUCACCCUACUUUUAUAAAUUCUCCUGGUAAAAAGUGGUAAAUUUAACAUCCCCCCCCCCCCCCCGUAUUUCAAGGCAGUGUUUCUAUGGGUAACUCUGGCUUUCCUGGAACUCUGUAGACUAGGCUGGCCUCCAAUUCACAGAAUUCUGCCUGCCUCUGCCUCCCAACUGCUGGAAUUAAAGGCCUGUUCCACCAUCACAAAUUUAACUCUUCUAAAUGUAUGAUUUAAAUUAAUCCUAGCAUGUCUAAAGUUGAGACUGUGAUUAAAAUAGAAUUUGAUAGAGAAUUCAAACAGAACUAACAACAAGUUAAAUAAAAAUAUGCCAUUUUGUGUUAAUACUUCACUACCAAACUAUGACAGCAUUUUAUGUAAAAUUAAUCAGUAUAUUCUCACUUUGGCUCUAAUGGAUGUUUCUAAACAUAACCAAUGUCAAUUUACCAAGUCCCUACACAUCACUACAUUUAAUUAUGCUCUUUGCAAAGGAGAUUGGCUUUGGAUAUUAUCAUUCACAGUUGUGUAUUAAAGGAAGUAUAAUGCCAGAAAUAGAGAAGACAAUCUCAAGUGUAGGAACAAAUGCAUGUAUUAGUAAUGUUCCCAUGGCCACCUAAGCAAGAACAUGGAAGUUUUAUAUUUUCGUCUAGUAUGCCUUAAACAAUAUGCUAAUGAAAGUCCAGUCCUAUACUCUAAGAAUUGCAGUUCCAAGCCCAAGAAGACAGAAAGUUUCAAAAGUACUGCAUUCUGCAGAACCUGGAACAAUGCAAAUAAAAACUGGAUAUAAUGAAAAGCUACUAAAGAACAGACUAAAGAAAAUAAUUUCAGUAUGAAAAGAGUUGGAGCAUAUACAGCAUGGGGCACCAAGACUCAACCAGAACUGGAGGUCAUCUCUUAGAGUAAGAAGCUAUAGGAAAGAAGGGGGCAUAGCGGGACUAGACAGCAGAGCUCUUCAGCGGGACUAGACAGCAGAGCUCUUCAGCUCUGCUCGGAUUAUGUCAAGUGCUCUGGUUAAGGUACCAUGUUUGCGAGCCAGGCGGUGGUGGCGCACGCCUUUAAUCCCAGCACUCAGGAGGCAGAGGCAAGCGGAUCUCUGUGAGUUUGAGACCAGCCUGGUCUACAAGAGCUAGUUCCAGAACAGCCUUCAAAGUCACAGAGGAACCCUGUCUCAAAAAACCACACACACACACAAAAAGGUACCAUAUUUGCAGCCAGCUUCCCUGAGUGGAGGAGAGGCCACCCAGUAGUAUUCUGAAGAUUGUUGUUGACAGCCACACUGUGAUGGCUUUAUGGAGGGAAAAGUUGGGCUUCUUGUGGUUGUUCAGAAGUGUGGAGACAAUCACUAUUGCUUACUUAUCUGUUAUUUUUCCCAACCUAACUUCAGUUUCCAGAGACAAAAGAGAGGGCUGGACUUUCAUUUGUUGUUGUUGGGUUUUGUUUUUUUGUUGUUGUUUUUUUUUUUUGGUUCCCCCCAGCCAUGGUUUUAUGGGUGCAAAAUAUCCUUUCCUUCACAUUUUGUUGAUAUUCAGUGUCCGUGUGAUUUUAUAUAUAUAUAUUUAUAUAUAUAUAUGCUUCAGAACCAAGAAGUUUAAAAUAUCUAAGUUGGAGAGACCAGCUAUUUUUCCUGCUUGAACUCCUUCCCAGGCCCAUCUGCUUAGAUGACAGAAAUGCAGGAAAGCCCCCCCCCAAUUCGCUGUUCUGCAGUUGGCUUCAAAUACCAGUUAAAUAUGAAGGUCAAAAGGGCAGUCUCCCAAGUGGAUAUGGGGAUAUGAAUACCAGGUAAGACAUAAGUAGGUCUAGCACUCCCCCCCAGGUUACUGAAGAUGUGGGGAUGUAAGAUGUUAAAAUGAUCUAUGGUUUACAGAUACAGCCUUUCAUGUGGAUGACUAUAGAAGAGAGGGGAAAACAGAAACUGUAAUUAUAACAAAGUCAAAUGAAAGAAAACCACGCAUUAAAAUGUACUUAAAUUUUUUAAAAUAUGGAUCGUUAUAAAAUGGCUUCUCUGUGGGGUGUAUUUGAGUAUGACAUUAGUUCCUCCUCUGGUUAUACUUGGUCAGACAUAAUGGGUCGGUUCUAGCUGGUCGGAUAGAAUCCCAGCAUCCCCCUCCUCCUUCACUCCCAUGUUCUGCCUCAGAUGAAACGCCAGUUCUCACUGUGGACACUGGCCACACUGGGACUGGAGUCUUAAGUGCCACCAUUGCUCACCACCUGCUCGUGCUAUCUGUCGGACAGGCCAUCCCAGUGAGAGUCCACAGCAGCAGUUCUGUGGAUCAGACGUACACUUAGCCCUCUCUAUUGGAUCUAAGGGUGUUCAAGAAUGGCAUGCGAGAAGAGCGGCGUGAGUCCCUUGCCCCUUCAGCCAGCCUCCGUUUAUCUUUUAUGCUCACUUGCCAACAGAAGCUGGAGAGCCCUUUGCCAUGUUCAGAGGCUAAUCAGGAUGGAGGCUUGAGAAGAGAAAAGAGAGGAUCAUCCCUCCCCACCCCAUCCUUGUGAUGUCCAUAUGAAUUUCAGUGUGUCGGGGCUUGAACUCAAGGCCCAGUGAAUGACUUGGAUCCAAGGCUUGUAUUUGCCUUCAUUUGUCAUCUAUCCUCACUCAGUGUAACUUCUUGCACUAUUGUGGCUAAUUCUGUGCAAAACUGGUUAACUUUAAAAACAAUGUGCCUAUGUAAUAAAGUCUACACACUGGCUAUUUCUGUGGAGGCGAUGUUUCGUUUUUUAAUGUUUUGCUGAAUAACGUGUAAUAUCUUUUUUGAGCUAUGAAAAGGAAGUAUUAAUAAAAACUGUAAGCAAA